CAUGUCUCUGCACACAGCUUUUCCAGUCUCCUCACAACGAUGCUUGGCCUUCCCAGGUAGCCUCUUAUUGUACUUGAAUGUUAAGUGGUAUAGGCAUUCCAUUCGCCCGGUUACUGGUGCACCCUAGCCGUGUUUAUCAAGUCUAGCCUUUCAAUAUACUUCCCCACAGCGGGCUAAUCUAGUGUACCCCUGAAGCGAGCGUACACUGUCCGUGCGAUUCGCGUCCGAACUUACACAGUACCGUCUCAAGCAGGUGACGGGGGACGGAAGUCGCCAGCAGACCUCUGAACAUAUGAAUCGAGGAUGUAACCCAUAAUAUUUAUUUUCUUUCAACUUAAAGCGAUUCUUCCAACCGCUAAAAAGUUACCACCUCCCAUACUUAGUUUUUCAGGAAGCCAUGGGUACCCAACGUGAAGCUGACUCACGCUCGAUCGGUUCCGCUGAGCACAUAGAAAGUUCCCCUAGGACCGCUGAUAUGAUUGAGAGUAUCCCUGGGACUCAUAUGAUUGAACCCACCGGGUUACAUCAUGGACACAACAAAGCCAAUCCUCAUGGCACGACCUUGAUUCCUCGCCCAUCUGCUAACCCGGCCGAUCCUUUGAACUGGAGUAAAAACCGGAAGUUGAUAGUCGUGCUCACACAAGGAGCCUACGUUCUCUUCAACAUUCUGCCUAUUCUCGCCACUGCCCCUCUCUAUCCGGUCCUCACUGCUGAAUGGCACAAGGGAAUUCAAACUGUCACUAUUGUGACCGGAAUCACUACUGCUACCUAUGGAACCGCCAAUUUCAUCGUUGUUCCUUGUGCGAGCAUUUUCGGACGUCGCCCAACAUUGCUUGUCAGCAGCGUAAUUUCCCUAGCUUCAAACAUUUGGUUGGCACUUUCGAAGUCGUACGACUCAUUUCUUGGUGCUCGAGUCCUAGCCGGCAUUGGCUGUGCGGCCAACGAGAGCAUAAUGGCGAUUGUCAUUGCAGACGUUUUCUUUCUGCAUGAGCGUGGCUCAUGGAUGGGGUUUUAUUUCUACUGUUACGUUGGGGGUGUACUGAUCGGCCCUAUCAUUGCGGGAGCUUUCCAACAACACGUGAAUUGGAGAAUGUUCUUCUGGUUCUGCGCGAUCAUGCAAGGGGUGGCAAUGCUUGCGCUAUUCCUCUUUGCCCCAGAAACCCGAAGAAGUGGAGAAUUCUUGUCAGAUGCGGAAAUAACGACCCCAUCCACAGAUUCCGAAGCUGUUGACCCUGGUUUCGAAAAGGGUGCGAGCCAGCAGCCUGCUGCCCAAGAGAGCAUGACGACUGCUGAUCCAAAAUUUUGCCGCGGCCGUCCAAAUCGGAGUCAACUUCUUCCAUGGCAAAAGGUGGACCGCAAGGCCGUUAGAGAGCUUUGGCUGCACUUGAUCACGCCCUUCAUCAUAUUGUUCUACCCAAUCACAUUCUGGGCGACUAUGACAGCAAAUUUAGCCUCGAAUACGCUACUAUUCCUUAUAAUGUGUCAGUCGCAAGCUCUUGCCGCUCCCCCUUACCUUUGGUCCGCGCAAAGUGUGGGGUUCUCGAACUUUUCACCACUUAUAGGUGCAGUGGUCGUUCUUGCUAUUGGAGGAACAUUGUCGGACUGGGUGGCAAUGAAGGCCACAGUACGUAACAAAGGUAUUAGAGAGCCGGAAAUGAGGCUGCCGACUCUAUUGCCUUUCUUAGCUGCGAACGUAAUCGGCAUGAUUAUGAUUGGAUUUGGCUUUCAGUAUGGCUGGCGGUGGGAGGCUCCAGUUAUUGUUGGUUAUUCCCUUGUUGGUUUAUCCUCAUCAGUUAUUCAAACGAUUGUUAUCACGUACGCUGUAGACUGUUACAAGCCAAUAUCUGGAGCGAUUAUGAAUCUAGCCACAGUACUCAAGAAUAUGUUUGCCCUCGGCAUGUCAUACUACAUCAAUAACUGGAUCAUAUCAAGCGGCUAUCUUCCGCCGAUGUUUAUGAUGAUGGGACUGACAGUCGGGUUUGGUCUAAUUGGGGUAGUUGUUUUCAUGAAAUGGGGUAAGACUAUGAGAACUUGGACGAGAAACAGCAAAGUGCACCAAAUGUAACAUUAGCACUCGAGACACCAGAGAAACCUCUUGUAAAGUUGCAUGGCGUAAUUAGGGAAUGGUGAAUUCGCAGAUAAGAACUAACAGAGUAGGCUAUGAAUAAUACAUUUUUAAGUUGGCU